AUGGCUUGUCUCCAGGUCGACGCGGGGGUCCUGGCUCUCUGGUCGCAUGCAGCCAACGACCCUCCUGGAGCAAGCUCUGGCAGUGCAUCACUUUCAACGCCACUGAUACACCAAGAUGCUGUUCACGGCCUCGAAGCCUUGGAUGGUCUCUUCGCCGCUGCUGCUUCCCAAUGCCACGGCGAAGAGCGUCCGCAGAAGAGGCGCAAGCUUGAAGGCAACCCCUUGGCCGAGGCACAUCCCGUAUAUUUUCCAGACAAUCGGAGCAUACUCCUCGCAAAAGUUUCCAUCAAUCUGAACCCUGCUCCGAGCUUAGCAGCAUCUCGCCCAACACCACUGCUAUGGGACACUGCGAAGCCCGUUGUAUUGUGCCUGGACAAUUUCUCCGAAUUCGAUGCGAGCGAGUCCAGAAUCGUGCUCUUCGACAUCACCACAAACUCGAGCAUCGAAAUUCUUGCCACCAUAGAGGUCGGCGCAUUACAGUCGAUAAAAGCGCACGUUAAAGCCGCCGCAUCGCUCGCGCACAACACGCAACGCCGCAAAAAUCGAGCCAAGCCGCGGGCCGCCUUCUCUCGCUGUCUGCUUACACCUUCUACUGCAGCAUCGCACCUAUACAUGUUGGAGAUUGAGAUUCGGUGGCUCUUGGGUAUAUCUGUCGUAGAAGAUCCUUCUGUGAGCGUCCAUCACAUGAAGGAAGACCUGCGCUUGCUCUCGACAUACCUUCGUGGCGCGGCCGCACAGUCUGACACGUUGUGGGAACUCUCAGAUUUCUACAAUUCAGUUCAUGUCCCACCUACCGAUUUGCACGUUUCUCCCCAAAUUCAGCACAAGUUGGUCGAUACUACCCUUUAUCCGUUUCAACAGAGGGCUGUUGAUUGGCUGUUGCGACGAGAAGGUGUGGCGUAUUCGGAGGCUGGACUUCUGGUGCCUUUCGUUGAAGAUGUGCCACCUGCAUCUUUCAGGGUGGCGCAAGAUGCGAACGGGACUGCAUGCUACGUCAGUGGGCUCCGAGGCAUGGUCGUAGCGGAUUUAGAGGCUGCGAAAGGUGAUGCACUGCAAUCGCUAAAGGGCGGAAUUCUAGCGGAAGAGAUGGGUCUCGGCAAGACCGUCGAGCUGAUUGCUCUGAUCUCACAUCACAAGCGGCCAAGUUUGGACGGAACAGUCUUUGAUGCGAAUGCAGGAGCUCACGUUCGGACGUCUGGUGCCACCCUUAUCAUCACUCCUCCCAGUAUCCUCGAGCAAUGGCGAAGUGAAAUACACACGCACGCGCCAGACCUGAAAGUCUUCCACUACAAAGGCCUGCCACCAUCAAGCGCAUCGAAGAAGGAACACACGACAGCGACGGUCGAUGAGCUGAUGCGGUAUGACGUGGUCUUGACCACUUACGGCGUACUGUCAAAAGAGAUACAUUACGCCACGCCUCCUCCUGAUCGACCGUCUCGAUAUGAGAGACGCCAUGAGCGUCGCAAAAGCCCGCUUGUCGAGAUAUCGUGGUGGAGAGUCUGCUUGGACGAGGCACAGAUGGUGGAAAGUGGAGUGAGCAAUGCGGCCAAAGUUGCUCGUGUCAUACCUCGAUGCAAUGCUUGGGCUGUUUCGGGGACUCCACUGCGGAAAGAUAUACAGGACUUGCGUGGUCUUUUGACUUUCUUGAGAUGCGACACUUUUGCUCAGAACAAGCUUGUAUGGGGACGCUUGGACAAAUCCUCGUUUCACGCCAUUUUCAAUCACAUAACUCUGCGGCACACCAAAGAAAAAGUCCGCAACGAUCUUCGUCUUCCUCCGCAGAAGCGGGCCGUCAUCACUAUUCCGUUCACGGCCAUCGAGGAGCAGAAUUACGCCGAUCUGGUCCGUCAGAUGUGUGAUGAGUGCUGGCUGGGACCAGAAGGAGAGCCGUUGGACGCAGACAGUGAUCCUACCAGCCCGGAAACUCUUGAGCGAAUGCGCGAGUGGCUUGUUCGAUUGAGACAAACAUGUUUGCAUGCACACGUCGGACGCAAGAACAGAAGAGCUCUAGGUACCAGAAAUGGACCUCUGCGAACAGUCCAUGAAGUUCUAGAAAUUAUGAUCGAUCAGAACAGUACCAGGUGGAAGGCUGAUGCACGUGAAACAAUCAUGAAUCGAAUCAAAAUGGGCCACGUCAAGGCGUAUGCUGGCAAUGUCGAGAACCGUGCAGAGACUGCAUUGCCCUUUUACGUCGAGGCCUUGGAGGAUACGAAAGUGUAUGUUUCCAUGUGCCGACAGGAACUCGAGCAAGAGCAGAAGAAGCUAGGCGUAUCAGUCGCACUCAAAUGCGAUGGAGAUUCUGACGCUGAAGAAGGCUUGGAGAAAGAUAACCUAGGCAACAUAUCUUCCAUUCGCAGAACGCUGCGGUCAUUCUUGGAACUUGAGCACAUGUGCAAGUUUUUCAUCGCCACAACGCAUCAUCAGAAGAAGGAAUACCUCGAUGCACAACAAACAGAUGCGGAAACGUCUCUUCGUGAAGAGCAACUUGAAACAGAGUGGUAUGACCAGGCCAAGGCAGUUCGACGCGAACUACUGGGAGAAGUCAAGACUACUACUCAACGUCAAAUGAGAAGAAUCGAGACCCGGAAACCUUUUCACCAACUGCCUAUUGUUGACGAACUUCCGGAUCUUGGCGGAAUUGAGAGCCGUCGGGUUUUGGAAACGAUCGAUGAAAUCAGCGAUUUUAUGAAUGCGCAAGCUGCAAAGAUUGAAGAAUGGAGGACCAAGAUUGUCGACAUCCUGUUGAUGCGUCUGACGGACGACGAUGAUGACUUGGAAACCACCGGAGAAGAGUAUGAAACUUCUUUAAAAGCGCAAGACGAGCUGUAUGUGUCGAUCAUGGCACUUCGUACUCUUGUCGCAGACCGGAGCCUUGCAGUCCACGGGUUGCGGGAUACUCUUAUAGAUGAAGAGCUCAGGACCGCUGAAAAGAAAGCUCGCAACACGGACCCUGAGAAAGAUAAUGGCCACGCGCCUGAGCUACUACUCGAGUUUGUAAAACAACGCCAAGAGCUGUUGUCGACUCUGCACGGCAGCUCUCUGAAGGGCGUGAUUGCGGAGCUUCGUUCGAAGAUCACUCCGUUGCAAUGGAGAGCAGAGAACGAUGACAACCGCGCCGCAGCUGAAUCUACCGUGCUCCACAAGCAUCUGAGCAGUGUUCAAGUUAUCAUGACACAACAGUCGAAAGCCCUUGUCGAAAUGGAAAAAGAGCAAGAACUAUUCCGUGGCACGAUGAAUCAACGUCUAGAAUACUAUCGCCAAUUCCAGCACAUCUCGGACACGGUCGCUUCAUACAAAGAGAAGCUGGACGACAAAUUCGACCAAGCGACUUUCCAGGUAUUUGACUACCGGCGAGGCAAGAGUUUGGAGGCCGUGAAUGCCUUCAGGGCAAAGCAUGCUUACUUGCUAAACUUGAGAGCCGAAGAUCAGAAAAACGUAGCUGCCGACUGCAUCAUCUGUCAGGAAGCCAUUGAGGUUGGUGUUCUCACAACGUGUGGACACAAGUACUGUAAAGAAUGCAUCAAUCAGUGGUGGCACGCGCACCGCACAUGCCCGCUGUGCAAGCAGAAACUGAAGAGUUCCGACUUCAAAGAUAUCAGUCUCAAACCAAGUGAGAUGACUGCGAAAACGGACUUUCCAGCAGAAGAAGCCUCUCCUCAGGCGUCGACUCCAAAGCGAAAGGACAUGGCCAUAUACUCGGACCUGAGUGACACGACCGUCAAAGAGAUCAAGAUGAUCGACCUGCCCGGUUCAUACGGCUCCAAAAUCGACAUGAUUGCAAAACACCUGCUCUGGAUCCGCGCAAACGAUCCCGGCGCCAAAUCCGUCAUCUUCUCGCAAUACCGCGACUUCCUCGACGUGCUCGACACAGCCUUCAAAGCAUGGAAGAUCGGCACCUCCAGCAUCCGCGACAGAGACGGCAUCUCGCGCUUCAAGCAAGACGCAGCCACCGAAGCCUUCCUACUCGACGCCAAAUCCGACUCGUCGGGCCUGAACCUCGUCAACGCAACCUACGUGUUCCUGUGCGAACCGCUCAUCAACCCUGCGCUCGAGCUGCAGGCCAUUGCCCGCGUGCACCGCAUCGGCCAGCAGCGCCCUACCGCCGUCUUCAUGUACCUCGUCGCCAACACGGUCGAGGAGGCCAUUUACGACAUCUCCGUCGCCCGCCGCCUGCAGCACAUGAAGAGCGCCGACGUUGCAUCGACGGAAACGGAAACGGAUACGGAGACGGAAACAUCUGCAUCUACAUCGACAGGUACAUCGACAGGUACAUCGACAGGUACAUCGACAGGUACAUCGACAGGAACAUCGACAGGAACAUCGACAGGAACACCACCACCACCACCACCACCACCCGCCGCGCAGAAGCAGAAGCAGAAGCAGAAGCAGAAGCAGGAACAGGAGCAGGAGCAGGAAACCUCGCUCGACAUGGCAAACUCGGCGGAAAUGCAAGCCGCGCCGCUAAAGCAGCUGCUCAGCAAAGGCGGCGGGGGCGAAGCCGUGCGCAACGACGAUCUGUGGAGCUGUUUGUUUGGGAAGCCGCGGAGAGACGGCCAGGGUGGUGGUGGUGGGGGUGGUGUGACGGCGGCGCUGAGGCACGAGGGGGAGGGGCGGUUUAGGGUUACGAUGGGGUUGUAG